CGGUUGCACGAGGACUGCCGUUCGGUUUUGCCGCCUUUAGUUGAAUUUCCGCGCUCGGCCGGAUAUCAUUGUGGUUUUGUGUGUAGCGCCAGUCCGUCUUCCGCGCGCGUAUUUCGUGCGCUUCCCCGAUCGUUUACGCAGAUACGUUUCAUAAUAUUAUCCGAUUGUGUCCGCCGUUCGUCAGCAGAGUUCAUCGAUUAAACGUCAAUAAUAAUUACUGCAUUGUUUGUGAGUGUUGAAACGGAAUAAAGCUAAAACCAGUGGGAACGUAUUUUUCAAAUCGACAGAUUAACUGGAAGAUUCAAUGUUGUGUACCCAUAAUAAUAUGUACUUGAAGACAACCACAUGUAACAUGUGUUAACGUUGAACGGAGAAAAAUCACCCGUCACCCGAGUAUACCUAUCGUAGAAAAAAAAUUAUAUAAGUGAAUUACCUCAAGAAAAUAAUAAUAAUAAUACUAGCAAGUCUUACCACACAUGAGGGCCAAAGACCUCCAAUGGACUUGUUUACAGUUUACACAUGCCCGAUAAUAUGUCUUGUCACGGUGGCCCGCGCGAAUACGAGUACAUAUAGGCACCAGAUAUACAGCAUCUCUACUGUUGAUUUAGCACUCUUAGAUCGAAUGAAUAAGACAAAUAUGACAGAUUUCCAAAGGACCCGGAGUAAAGUGUGGUUCUCGAACGACGACGAUGAAGAUAUUCAUCACUCGUGGCGCCGACAACCAUCUUCGUCACCAGAGAGUAGACGCGUGUUAUCUGGAAGUCCGAGCAAUGGUAGUCACAAGUCUCAAGAUUCGGGUUUUUCCGACUCGGAGAGUAGUCCUCUUGGACUUUCCAAAGCUUUGCCAAAAGAAGAAAAACAACUGCAGGACGAAACGAAUGUAUUCACCGACAAACUGCCGGGCGGUAUUUUAUCGGAAACUUCAGUUUCCAGAAUUCCGUCACCAUGUGAGUCACAACAAUCAGACAUAUGCAACUGCUUUUUGCCAGCUUGCGAAUUGUCGAGGAAGUUUCGUUCGCUUGAAUACGUGGCAGAUGCAGAUACAUCAUCACCGUUCAGAAAGACUAAAAGAUACGAAGAAGAACUGCGGACGCCCAACCGGACAUGUUUUAUCGUCGACGAAUUACCUAAAAGUAACGUAGUGCUAUCAACACCGAGUUCAACCAAAAGUUUUGACGGACAUUUCGAUCAGUCAGAAAACGUCACCGUCGUAGAAAAUGUCAAACAGGACGGUGGUAGCAAUGACAAUUUGAUUAUCGAUCCGCCUACACCAUUUGUCGAUCGUUUAAACAAUGCUGAUUCUAUUAGUCUUUGUGAGUCUGAUAGACCUGAUACACCUGAACACACGUCCACACCAAAAUCAACCAAAGACAGAUGUUGCACUCCUAAAUUGCAUUAUAGAAAAGAGCUGCAACUGAGGAAACCAAAAUGUCUACAAAUCAAUACUGACAGAACUGAACGUGAAAACGAAGUACCCGUUGGACAAUGGUUAAAUGAACUAAGGUUUAGAUGUGAACCUGAAUGUAUGACCACCUUACAAUCGAAAUCAAUUGCUACUUCUGAAGAUGCGUGCCGUUUUUCUACAAUUGUCUGUACAGAUUCUGAAAUUAUACGGGACCUUUACCAACGUACAAAAGCUAUUUCUGAUGAAUUUAAAAAAGUUUACAACGAUUUAAAUAAAUGUCGAAUUGAUAAUUUUGGCCCAUCUGUCCAAACAUUAACUGGUUUACUGUUAGACUUUGUUUGUGAUCACGAAAGUGAGCUACCUGAACAAGGUCAAGAUUUAUGUAUGGACUUAGUUGAUGUUACGGAGAAACUAAGAGUCCACGCUAACCGACGUCUGGGCAACAGAAAAAUAAUUCUUAACGACGUUUCCGCACUGGGACAAAUAUUUAGCGAAUUAAUUGACGCAUUGUUAAUGAAGAGAAUACAGUCUUUGGUCAAUAUUUUGGAAGAACCAAGCACUGAUAUCGAACUCGUCAAAACCAUGUCUAGCAUCAACAGUUUAGGUUUGGAAAGUGUUCAUCUCGGUAGUCUGGUAACAAAAUGUAAUGGUGUACGAUCACUGCUAACCGUUUGCCUAGAUGCUGUAUCUAGUACAGUUAGAUCAGCUGCUCUGCGCACAUUAGCCAUGGUAUGUUGUUCGUCGGACAGCAUCAGACAAUUUGAAAAGGCUGGAGGUGUAGAAAUUAUAUCUGACAUUUUAGGAAGUAAAACUCGCUCGGAAAAAGAACUCACCGACGCUGUGUCAGUAUUAGCUCAGAUAACUGCUCCUUGGAUCGAAGACAACCACGUAGUCAAUGGUCUUAACGAAUAUCUAGACACUAUUAUAUCCUCGUUAACAUACCUAGUGGAGACUACUCAUUCUUCGGAAACAUUGUUGUUGUCAGCUGCUGCUUUAGCCAACAUUACGUUCAUGGAACCGAACGCGAUUUGGACAAUAUUGAACAUGGGAACCGCUGGAUCCUUGAUCGAAGCGGUUAGGAAAAAUGGUACCAAGUCAUCGGUGUUUUUGCAGGAACAAACAGCGACGCUAUUGGCCAACAUGGCAGCAGUCCCUGAAACCAGACCACACAUGGCAGCCAAUCACGCAGUGAUUGCUUUACUAUGUUUCCUACAAGUACGACACUCACCGUUACAACGCAUUCCAGAGAUAUUGGCUGCUGAACGUCUACAGCACAAGACCGCUAUCGCCUUGUCCAGAUUGUGCAGUGACGUAGAAGUGUCGAAACAAAUCGUGGAACUGGAAGGCGUUAACCGUCUGAUUAGGUUAUGCAAAGACGAACGGGAACGAAAUCACAGCGACGGAGUACUAGUGGCAUGCUUGGCCUCGUUACGAAAAAUCGCUGCCAAUUGUGGCAGAGACAUCAUGAACGAAUGUGACGCCGCCGAGCUGAUCGAACCAAGACUGCUGGACUCAUUUCUUUUGUACUCAUCAAAACAAGAGAGUUACGUUUGAAUAUUUCAACCCAAAGAAGUAAAUCAAACUUGAUCAUACGUCCAUGCUUAUUGCACAAUAUGUACACACUUACAUGUUAGCAUAAUAUGUAUAAUUAUUGUUUUAUUAACCACUGAAUGUGCGUAUGUAAAAUUUAUUUUAUGUAGCUUUUAUAUUAUAUAUUAUACCCAUUAGGCUGUUUAUAAAUAUAUUUUAUUUUUAUCUAGUCCACAUAUAUCAUGACAAGUGCCAAUGUAGAUGAUAAUAUUUAGAUGGUAUUGUACUGUCUUUUGUCACUAACUCUGUAACUAUUAUUGCUAUUAUUAUUAUUAUUAUAUAUAUAAAUAAAUACAUUUUUUAUACAUAUUACUUAAUC